GGGGGGUUUCACUUCCGGGACGGUGUUCCGGCCCAUUCCGGCCCAUUUCCACCCCCGGAGCUCUCACCUCGCCAGUGCCGACGGUAGAGAAAGAAUUUACUCCAGGGGCUUCCUCCUCACUGGGGAAUUGCCGGAAACAGCAAACAAAAAAAGGCGCUGGUGUAGGCUCCAAAAUAAACACAUCUGAAUUCAUGAUGGCAUCGACAGAGGCUCUUAUUGGAUUAAAAGUUUCAAAACAAACAAUAACGCUUUGGAAAAAGGGUUGAAUGCCUGCCUGCACUAUCAGGCAUGACCAUGGAGAAAGGUGGGAACAUACAAUUGGAGAUUCCUGAUUUUAGCAACUCUGUCCUGAGCCAUCUAAACCAGCUACGCAUGCAGGGCCGACUCUGUGAUAUCGUGGUCAACGUGCAAGGACAAGCUUUUCGGGCUCACAAAGUGGUACUGGCUGCCAGCUCCCCCUAUUUUCGGGAUCACAUGUCCUUGAAUGAGAUGAGUACUGUCUCCAUUUCAGUCAUCAAGAACCCGACUGUUUUUGAACAGCUCCUUUCUUUCUGUUAUACAGGGCGGAUAUGCCUCCAACUGGCAGAUAUCAUCAGCUACCUAACAGCUGCUAGUUUUCUGCAGAUGCAGCAUAUUAUAGACAAAUGUACACAAAUCCUGGAGGGUAUCCAUUUCAAAAUUAAUGUGGCUGAGGUUGAAGCAGAAUUAAGUCAAACAAGGACAAAGCACCAAGAGAGACCUCCAGAGUCUCACAGGGUUACACCAAAUCUAAACCGUUCCCUUAGCCCGCGACAUAAUAACCCAAAGGGAAACUGGCGAGGUCAGGUUAGUGCUGUGCUGGAUAUCAGAGAGCUAAGUCCUCCUGAGGAGUCCACCAGCCCUCAGAUAAUUGAACAGAGUUCUGAUGUAGAGAGCCGGGAGCCCAUUCUUCGGAUCAACCGAGCAGGACAGUGGUAUGUGGAGACAGGAGUAGCAGACCGGGGGGGCCGGAGUGAUGAUGAAGUUAGGGUUCUUGGAGCAGUACACAUCAAAACUGAAAAUCUGGAGGAAUGGCUUGGGCCUGAGAAUCAGCCCUCUGGAGAAGAUGGAAGUAGUGCAGAGGAAGUCACAGCCAUGGUGAUUGACACCACAGGCCAUGGUUCUGUAGGACAUGAAAAUUACACUUUAGGGUCUUCGGGAGCCAAGGUGGCUCGGCCAACAAGCAGUGAAGUUGACAGAUUUAGCCCCUCCGGCAGUGUGGUUGCCUUGACAGAGAGACACAGAGCCAGAAGUGAGUCUCCUGGGAGAAUGGAUGAGCCUAAGCAACCUAGCUCCCAGGUAGAAGAAUCAGCGAUGAUGGGAGUAAGUGGCUAUGUGGAGUAUCUCCGAGAGCAGGAAGUAUCUGAGCGGUGGUUCCGGUACAACCCCCGUCUCACCUGCAUCUACUGCGCCAAAUCUUUCAAUCAAAAGGGGAGCCUGGACCGCCACAUGCGCCUUCAUAUGGGGAUCACACCAUUUGUUUGUCGCAUGUGUGGCAAGAAGUAUACCCGAAAAGAUCAGCUGGAAUAUCAUAUCCGCAAGCACACAGGCAACAAGCCCUUUCAUUGUCAUGUUUGUGGCAAAAGUUUCCCAUUCCAGGCCAUCUUGAAUCAGCACUUUCGCAAAAACCACCCUGGUUGUAUACCCCUGGAGGGGCCUCACAGCAUCUCCCCUGAAACAACUGUUACAUCUCGAGGACAAGCUGAGGAAGAGUCACCUUCACAGGAAGAGACAGUUGCUCCUGGGGAAAUUGCCCAGGGCUCUGUGUCCACCACUGGUCCAGAUUGAAACAUCAAGGAGGAGGGGGCAGACCCUCGUCCCCUUUGGGCCGUAAGCAGCCAGCAUCAGGACCAUGGGCUGGUGCUUAAAUUCACAAAAUGCCACAUCACUAGACCAGAAGAUGCUCCCAAGAUGUUGCCAAACUAGAGGAUCAGCAACAUACACAAAAGCACUAAAGGCUUUUCCCCUCCUCCAUCCCACCUCACACUUUGGAAAAUAGUCAAGCAAAUCAACUUUCUAUAAUUCAGGGAUCAAUAGCCUUGGUUUGUUAACUUUAUAAGAAAACAGUUUGUUUUUUUUAACAAAGUGAUAAAUGGUCAUUUAUCUACCAGUCAUUUUUGAACACUGUACUUUGGUCCAUAUCAUCCUGGUGGCUGUAAGUGCCCAGAUCUAAAAAAUGCAGCAGGAUCCUUGGCCAUCUGAAGCAGCCAACCACAAGAAAGUUGGAGGUAGUCAUGAUGGUGAUGAGGAAGAGGACUUUAUCCUCUUCCUUCCCUGCCAGAACAUGCAUUUUUCACAUUUUAAGAAAAAGGAAUACUGGUGGUUCUUUGUUUUGCAAGGUUAGACCUUAUCUUUGGCUUGACUAGGCAUCUAAUGUUUUGCCUGAUUGUUUCAUGUAAAUAGGCAUCUUGGAGCAGUAUUCUAGUGGGCAGCAUCACCUGAAGCACUU